UGAUAAGGCACAACAUCAGAUGCAAGGAUUAAUUAUUAGUAAUAAAAAUUCACAUUCCUUCGCAAACCCCAUUGCCGCAAAGCUGAUUCCAACAGAGAAUUGGGGGAAAUAAUCCACAGGACCCUACAGAAAUCUGUUAAAAAAAGAUCUUCAGAGUGAAACACUCAGUAUGGAGGCUCUGUCCAGCCCUAUAGCUCUCGGUGUCUUGGCUGGUGUCGGGUGUGGUUUAUGCCUGGGCUGGAUGCUUCGUGGACGUUUUUUCCGAUCGUUAAAAGGUCUAACUACUCCCCUGGGACAGGGAGGGCUAAUGGAGACGAGCACCAUGGGGGAGAGUGGAGAGUUUAAAAUGGUCUUGGUAGUUCGCAAUGAUCUGAAGAUGGGAAAGGGUAAAGUAGCAGCUCAGUGCUCACACGCUGCAGUCUCUGCGUACAGACAGCUCCAGAAACGGAAUCCCGAACUGCUCAAACAGUGGGAGUACUGCGGGCAGCCAAAAGUGGUCGUCAAGGCCCCAGAUGAGGAAUCUAUGAUUGAUCUGUUGGCUCACGCCAAAGAGCUGGGGCUCAGCGUGAGUUUGAUUCAGGACGCUGGCCGUACUCAGAUUGCACCUGGUUCACGUACUGUCUUGGGGGUUGGUCCAGGCCCUGUGGGGCUCGUGGACAAGGUGACAGGGCACCUGAAGCUUUACUGAACCUUAGUUACAAGUGAAUUGUACUGUGGGUUCCCAAUGGACGUCCUGGAUUCGAUCUGAAGGAGUUGGCAAAGGCAAAAAUGAUAAUGAACGCUUCUCUGAAUGGGCUCUGAAUCCCCAUCCUCCUGUUUAUCUUUAUUUACAAGACACUGUUGCAGUGCCUUUAAUCAUCCAUUUUGUGUUGAAUAGAGUACAGUAGAUGUGCAGGAUUGACAGCUGCAGGCUUGUCAUUGUUGUAUCAACUCCAUCAUGCUCAAUCCCAACGAUGAGAUGCAAGCCACACUGUGAAGGGAAAGGUCCUGCCAGCACAUCCACUCCAGGCUGUUCAGCAUGAAACAAAUGCACUCCAAAGGGAAGCUCAUUUAGAAAGUACAUGAGACUGUAAACUCACCCUGAGCCUAUCUUUGCAAGUUUACUGUUUCCUUCAGCACGUAAACUCUGGACAGACAGCCAACCCAAGCAAGAAUUUACCAACCAGUUGGCAUGAAGUGUCCAGGGGACCAAAUGACUGGGGUCUUGGCCACGCUAUCACGAACCUCUGCACAGUUUAAAUCUCAGGGUGGCAAACCAUGUUUUAUGAAUUUAUAAUAUUGAACUUUUUUUGGCUUGAUUUUAAAUGAAUUGAUGCAAAAAAUUAAAAGGUAGCUUUUGUCAA